AUGGACAACUCCACUAGAAUCACAGUCUUUUUAAUAUCAGGUCUGGGAACAAAGGGCCCCAUCAGAUAUACGUAUUUUGUAUUCACUGUUGGGUUAUAUGUAAUAACUAUUUCUGUUAAUUUUAUGCUUUUCAUUAUUAUUGUAUUAAGGACAAAUCUGCAUAAACCUAUGUAUAUUUUCAUGUGUAGUUUGGCUGUAAAUAGUAUAUAUGGAAGCACAGCAUUCUUGCCAAAUCUCUCAAUGAGUAUUUUGCUAGAAACUAACUCUAUCACAGUUGCUGGCUGUUUUGUUCAAGCAUACUGUCUUCAUACAUUUGGAAGUAAUGAAAUAGCUAUACUAACAAUUAUGUCAUAUGAUCGAUAUGUUGCUGUCUGCAAUCCUUUGCAUUAUGUCAGCAAAAUGACAUCUUCAAGAACGUAUAAACUUUUAAUGGUUGCAAUCAUUCAGUCCUGCUGUGGAGUGAUAAUACUAAUUCUCUUAACUUUAAGGCUUCAGCUCUGCAGCUUCACCCUGCAGAAACUUUACUGUGACAAUAUGGCUAUUGCAAAGUUGUCCUGUGAAGAUUCCUCUGUUAAUAACUACUACGGCAUAGGCACAAUGAUACUCAGCAUGGGAAUUCCGCUAGCGAUUAUAACGUAUUGCUAUGUUCAGGUGCUUAGAAUCUGUUUAAAAAUGUCAGUAGAAGCAAGAGCUAAAGCUCUGCAGACAUGUAGUGCUCACUUAUUAAUGCUGUUUGUUUUUUUUAUCAGUACUCUUUUUACACUAAUUCAGUCUAGACUACAAACUCAGUCAGUUCCAGCUCUUGUACACCACGCACUGUCAGUACAGUUUAUUACUGUACCACCUGUGGUGAAUCCCAUUAUUUAUGGACUCAGGACAGAAACAUUAAAACAGGAAUUAUUAAAAGUAUUUAAGAAGUGCUUCAACACAAAAUUCAUAAAUUAA